GAUAUCGAUAUCGCAGGUGCGGCGUUGCCACUUGCGAGCCGCGAUGUUCAUCAUCACCGAUAUUUCCAUUUUCUUGUGCCCAUCGAUCGCACUAUCGUCCAGUGCCAAUCGACCGCCUAUCGAGGCGCCCCCUUCCCUGUUGAAUGGUGAUUCUGCAAAUUGUUUAUGCCCGUGCACCGGUCGGCAGAAGUUUAGUUUUUUUCUACCCCUCAGCCCGGCGUUUCCACUUGUCCUUGCCACUACGUUGCCUUUGUUGACCACGAGUGCCCUUUCAGACUCCAGCAGCUGUGCUUCCUGGUUUGGACCUCGAUCCGGCCCGCGAUCCCGUCUCCUCGUCUGGGCAUGAUGCCCUUCUCUGUGAUGCUUGGCCACUUUCGGUACAGCUCUCUCAGCUGUGCCGACUUCCCCCUUCCUUCGGCAGACUGCUGCUGCCAGUCCUAAUCAGAUCCUUGUAGACCUUCUCCUCGCGUCCUUGGAGCUAUCCUUGGACCCCUUUCCUCGUGUCCUUUGGGUAUCCUUGGAGCUAUCCUUGGACCCCUUUCCUUGUGUCCUCCGGGUAUCCUUGGAGCUACCCUUGGACCCCUUUCCUUGUGUCCUUCGGGUAUCCUUGGAGAUAUCCUUGGACCCCUUUCCUCGUGUCUUUCGGGUAUCCUUGGAGGUAUCCUUGGACCCUCUUCCUCGUGUCCUUCGGGUAUCCUUGGAGGUAUCCUUGGACCCCUUUCCUCGUGUCCUUUGGGUAUCCUUGGAGCUCUCCUUGGACCCUUUUUCUCGUGUCCUUCGGGUAUCCUUGGAGUUAUCCUUGCCUUUUGUCUAGCGUAUCUGUUUGUAGCUGCUCGAUGGUGUUCUGUGUUUGUUGUUGUUUCAGCUCGCUC